AGCCUUUUGGGGCUCAGGCCGUAUUGAGCUCAAGCCCUACGUUUUUCCCAUUCUUCAUUGCAGACGGAGACCGAGGGAUCGAUCCAUCAUGGCGGUGGCCAGUACAGACCAGGACGCUCAAGCAAGUACUACCGUCACCAGGCCCAGUCGGGGUUGGGAGCUCAGUGUGGGCGCGCUGUCUCUUGGCAGCAGCGGAGUUGCUUUGAAGCCCCAGUUUAAAUUCGGGGCCCAGAUUGGUAACUUCACAGCCGAGGCAGGCCUCCAUGACUUGCGCGAUGGUCUGAAGAUCUCGGCGGAGGUGGAGGCGGCGAUGGCGGUAGAAGCAUCUGGCAUGUCAAUGCAAGAAGUGCAUGACUCCAUCCAGUGCGACACACCAGGAUUCCGGGAAGCUUUAGAUGCAGCAAAAGUUUUCAUGAGCAACACGACAGAGAAAUUUGCGGGCAUCGCGCGGUCCAUUGGCAUCAGCAAGGAGAGGUUGGAGAGCGCACUGGAUGGAAAGUGCAUUGGCAAAAAGUGCACGCCGAUGACCCUCAGAGUGCAAGCGGAGAUAGGGGCCGGAUUCUCGGCCCACGUGUGCCUGGGAUGGAAGGACACCCAGGGGUUCAACAUGGUGGGGGUUGGUGGUAAGGCUUCGGCCGCAGUUUCGCUGAGUGUCAGUGCCUUCGCUGGCAGACAUUCUAAGAACAAGGCCGCCAGGAUCUUGCUGGGCAUCACGAACUUCAAGUUCCAGUACACGUUCCCCAUCGGGUCCCUCGAAAGCCAGUGCCCCGACUGCAGAGGCGCAGGGACAGUGAAGGGCUCUGGCUUCAUGGGAGUCGGCAAGCAGCAGUGCCCCACAUGCGGUGGCCUCGGCGAGAUCGCAGUCGGCCCUGAGCCCGGCCAGGUCGCGUCCGACUCGGAUGCCGAAGAGAAGACCGAAGGCGCCGUCAUCGACGACCCGCCCCCUGCUCUUGUGGAAGCGCAAGGCGCUUGUGGCCGAUAGUCGCGUUAGAACGCGCGCGACGGUGGUUGAACUAAAUUCUUCACGCUUCGCGUAUCCCGGCCUUUUUGCAUGUUGCCGCCAGACCGUUGUCGCGCGGCCGCCGACCAAAA